AAGAGGUUCACUAGGUUCAAAAGGCAAACUAGGUCCUCCUGGUUUGGGUAUCCCAGGAAUUGAUGGAAAGCCUGGGGAACCUGGAUUAAUAGGUCUCCUGGGAAACACAGGGUUACCUGGUCUCAAGGGACAGUCUGGAAGGCCAGGAGUCUUUGGUGUGCCAGGCCCUAGAGGAGAGCCAGGCAUAAUGGGCCCGUUAGGAAUUCCUGGACCCCCUGGCAGGAUUGGAAGUCCAGGCAACCCUGGUAUCAGAGGUUCUUUUGGCUCUCCAGGGCUAAAAGGAAGAAAAGGGUUUAUUGGAGCACAAGGCGAACCAGGUGACAAAGGUUUUCCUGGACCAUCUGAAACCUUGGUUGUGAUUGGAAAUAAAGGAGAACAAGGCUCAAAAGGAGUCCAAGGAAGAAUGGGCCUAAAAGGAGAAAAAGGAGAUGCAGGUGUCCAAGGUCCCCCAGGUCUUAUUGGAUCUGAAGGAGUACGUGGUGUACCAGGUGUCAAAGGAUUUAUGGGUCUUCCAGGGAUUCCUGGAGGACAAGGAUUUCCUGGUGUACCAGGAAACAAAGGGAACAUGGGAAUUCCAGGUCAAAAAGGACAGAAGGGAUCUCCAGGCUUUCCAGGAACUUCGGGUGACCCUGGUCCAACAGGCUAUGGUGGCUUUCCAGGUGAAAAAGGAGACCCUGGGCACCCAUCUCCUGGACUCCCAGGAGAACCUGGUCCAAAGGGAGAUCCAGGGGCUCCUGGGGUUCUGGGCAGAAAAGGAGAAAAAGGAUCCCAAGGUCAGCCAGGACAUAAAGGAGCACCAGGAUUACCUGGGUUCAGAGGAGAAACAGGAGUUGCUGGAAACCCAGGGAAACUUGGACUCCCUGGAGAUGUUGGUGUUAAAGGACAGCAGGGCCACCCAGGACAACAGGGUGUUACAGGCCCUCCUGGUGCUGCCGGAUACCCUGGAGAAAACGGACUUGCUGGUGAGAGAGGUAAUCAGGGUCAGGAUGGUAUGCCGGGUGCUCCAGGAGUAAAGGGAGAACCAGGAGCACCAGGGAGAGGAGUCCCUGGCCUUCAAGGUGUUCCUGGUCGUAGAGGAGUCAAAGGAGACAUGGGGCUGCCUGGUUUUCCUGGGCCACCAGGUAUGAAAGGUCAUCAGGGUGACCAAGGACCCAUUGGACCUCCUGGCUUAAUGGGAUUACCUGGAUUUCAAGGAGCAACAGGCAUGGCAAUUACUGGCCCAAAAGGGAAUAGAGGUAUUCCUGGUGCAGAUGGAAGACCAGGUAUACCUGGUUUUCAGGGGCUGCCUGGUCUUCCCACUAUGAGCAUAAAAGGAAGCAAAGGUGUCAGAGGAGCAGAUGGCAUACAAGGACCAAUGGGCCCAGCUGGUGACAGUGGUCCUCCGGGUCCAAAAGGAGUAGAAGGUCGACCAGGUUAUCCUGGAGCUAGAGGGGACCCUGGCUUUCUUGGAUUUCCAGGUGUAAAAGGAGAGAAGGGUAAUCAAGGACCACCUGGACCACGAGGGGCAGAAGGACCAAGGGGACUGAAAGGCCAACCUGGUCCACCUGGUGUCUCUGGGAGAAUAUUCUCUGUCCCAGGGACCAAGGGGCCUCCUGGUCUGCCAGGAAUCCCAGGAACACCAGGUGAUCAAGGAAUUCAAGGGAUUCCUGGACUACAAGGACCUAAAGGAGUAAAAGGUCUACCAGGAAGUUUUGGUCGUCCAGGUCAACCAGGACAGCCUGGUCCAAAAGGAGACAGAGGAUUUCCAGGACAAAGAGGGCAACCUGGAUUGAUUGGCUUCCCUGGCCUACAGGGAUUGCCUGGAUCACCAGGAUCUACCAUCACUGGUCCAACAAGAAGAGGUUUUAUCUUCACUAGACAUAGUCAGACAACAAAGAUUCCUUCAUGCCCACCUGGGACAUCACAAAUCUACAUUGGCUAUUCACUGCUUUUUGUACAAGGAAACGAACGAGCGCAUGGACAAGACCUUGGAACAGCUGGUAGCUGCUUGCAGAGAUUUACUACCAUGCCAUUCUUAUUCUGCAACACCAAUGAUGUGUGCAGUUUUGCUUCUCGCAAUGACUAUUCAUACUGGCUGUCAACUGCAACAUCAAUGCCAGUAGACAUGGCACCAAUUUCUGGUAAAGCACUAGAGCCUCAUAUAAGCAGAUGCGCUGUCUGUGAAGGACCUGCAAUGGUAAUAGCAGUUCACAGCCAAACAACUGCAGUUCCUGCUUGUCCAGGAGGCUGGAUAUCUCUCUGGAAGGGCUUUUCUUUUGUUAUGUAUACAAGUGCCGGCUCAGAAGCUUCUGGCCAAGCACUGGCAUCUCCUGGAUCUUGUCUGGAAGAAUUUCGAGCCAUCCCAUUCAUAGAGUGUCAUGGCAGGGGGACGUGCAACUACUACACAAACUCCUACAGUUUCUGGUUGGCAUCACUAAAUCCAAGAAGAAUGUUCAGGAAACCUAUGCCACAGACAUUGAAAGCAGGAGAACUAGAAAACAUCAUCAGCCGUUGUCAGGUCUGCAUGAAGAGACCAGUCGGUGACCCAGGCAUGAUUAUUCCUGGAGAGCCAGGCAAACUAGGUUCACCAGGAGGUCGUGGCAUUCCUGGCCCAAAAGGUGAUACUGGAUUUCCAGGACUUCCAGGCUUACCAGGGCACGCUGGACGUGAUGGCAAUAGUGGCCUAAGAGGAGAUCCAGGCUCAUCUGGUGUUCCUGGGGAUCCAGGUUUUCCAGGGAAACCUGCUGAAUGUCUUACUGGCCUGCCAGGUUUGCCAGGUGCCCAGGGAGCUACAGGCCCACCAGAUCUCCUCAAAACCGCCUUCGUGAAUUCCUGUUACAUUAAAAGCGAGGAGGCGAAGCGCCGGGACCUCGGCGUAGACAAAGAUGCCGUCGCCCUCAACCUCCGAGACAACGCGGAGCUUUCCGCCCGAGGGAUGUCGUUUUCGCGUUCCUACCUGACGCGCAGCUUCCAGGCCGCCUACCCCCGCCUGCCCGCCCCGGGGGGAGACACUGGAUUAACUGGACCCCCUGGACCACCAGGAACUGUUAUUGUUACAUUAAGUGGACCAGACAACAUGACGGACUUGAAAGGAGAGAAAGGAGAAAAAGGAUCAAGAGGACUUCCAGGGCCAAUGGGAUUUACAGGGCCAACUGGUGAUUCUCAGAGUGAAAAAGGUGACCAAGGAGAACCUGGAGCACAGGGUAAACCUGGUAAAGAAGGUGCUCCGGGUCUGCCUGGAUUACCGGGAGAAAAUGGUGAACAGGGCAAACCAGGACUGGCUGGCAGACAAGGAGCUAAGGGUAUAAAAGGAAACACUGGUCCACCUGGAGCUCGUGGUCAAACAGAGUAUUAUGAUGUAGUUGGUGAAAAAGGAGAUGAAGGACCUCCUGGACCUCCAGGACCAAAAGGGCAACGUGGCAUGCCUGGGCCACAGGGUCCUCCUGGAGAUGCUGGUAGACCAGGUGUGUCAAGACCUGGUUUGAGAGGUCCCCCAGGAUUUCCUGGGCCAAAAGGAACAAAAGGAGAAAAAGGACAGGUGGGCUUGUGUAUUAUAGGCCCUCCAGGACUGCCUGGGAUUACUGGCAGAAUUGGUUCUGUUGGGUUGCCAGGUCCUCCGGGAGAACCAGGUAGAGUAACUUUUAGAACAGGCCUACCAGGACUCCCUGGACAGCCAGGUUGUGCAGGACCUCCAGGACCUCCAGGAGACAUGGGCAUGAAAGGUGAUGAAGCUUGCAUGUGUACUGAUUGCAGCUAUGUUCCAGGAGCAGCUGGUCUUCCUGGUACUCCUGGGCCACGUGGCCAGGAUGGCAUCCCUGGUAGAGAAGGAACACCAGGUCCCAAAGGAUCUCCAGGUUCUCCGGGUGCACCAGGGUUUCCAGGAGCUCAAGGACCUCCAGGUUUUAAAGGAGAUCAAGGACGUAAAGGCUCAAAAGGUGAGCCAGGGUAUGUGUAUCCAGAGGGACCAAAAGGGGAACAAGGAGAGCCAGGACCCAGAGGAGACAAAGGAAGAAAAGGAUCAAGUGGAUUUCUGGGAAGACCUGGCUCUAAAGGUCACAAAGGUUCUAAAGGUGAAGAGGGAUUGGCUGGUUCAAAAGGAGACAGAGGACAACCUGGAUUGCCUGGUAACCCUGGUUCUCCUGGAGAGAUGGGGCUUCCUGGACUGCCAGGAUAUGGACCACAGGGAAUAAGAGGUGUCAAAGGCUCCAAAGGAUUGCCUGGUCCACAUGGAUUGCCUGGAGAAGCUGGUCUGAAAGGAGAGACUAGUAGGAUAGCUCCAUUGCCUGCAAUGCCAGGACCUCAAGGACCAGAUGGCUUACCUGGACCCCCAGGAGUGCCUGGUAGGGUUGGAACAAGUGGUCAGCCAGGUGAUGUGGGGCAUCCAGGGCCAACAGGUGACACAGGCUUUCCAGGGCUUGGGUUUCCUGGAAACCCGGGCCCAAAAGGGAAUACCAGGGAGACCAGGACCUCCUGGACCUAA